CUCGUCCAAGGAAAAUCCCUUCUAUAAAACGCGAGAAGACGGCCAGACCAGCUAGGAUAGGAGGAUUCUCUUAAACUACUUCACUAAUAUAUAUUGUGUAUAUCCUCCGCAUUCUCCUCCUCUUUCAUUGUUGAUGAAAAAUGAAACCUUUCCAACCCCGGAAAAGGAUUGUCUCUGUCAAAAAGUUCUCAUUUAAUCUGCUUUGCUUUGCUAUCUGCCUCUCCGUCUCCCCCAUCUUCGUGUUAAUGUAGCUUGAAAGAAUUACACCUAUUUAAUGUUAUUGUCACCUGUUUUUCCUAUUAAUUAUAUGCAUAUUCUGGAUAUAUUUCUUUCUGAGAGAAACCCAUUAGCUGUUACAACUUCAACCAAUCACUCUGCCUCACUGAAUCUCUCCUCAACAAAAACGAUUUUUCAAGCAUUUAAUGGCUUUCACAUCAGUUUCUCCAUUUUCUCCCACUUGGGUAAGUAGGUUCACUUUGUUUUCAAGUCUCUAAACGGAUAUUCUUCCUCUCUCUCUCUCUCUCUCUCAAAUCUCAGGUCAAAACUCAUCUCUCUGGAUUUGUUCCACCAAACCAAUCAAUCUGAUUUCUUCUGCAGCUUUGCUUUGAGCAGUAAUCUCUCUGCUGCCAUAUCCCCCACCUGCGCUUUCUUUGAAAAAUCUCUACAAAAUCCGUUUCCCAUGGACCCAGUACAUAGAUACUUCUUUGAGCAUGUCCAAGCUCCUCCUCCUGUCAAAAGUCUAGCAAACUCAGACUAUCAUCUCCACUCUCCUGGUCCGAACACAAGUAUCCCCAUCUUAGCCAUUGCUAUACUAGGAAUCAUGACCACAGCUUUCUUACUAGUGAGCUACUAUGUCUUCGUGAUCAAAUGCUGCUUGAAUUGGCAUCGUUUCGAUCUCCUGAGACGGUUUUCUAUCUCACAAGCUCGAAGGCAUGAAGACCCACUAAUUAUCUACGCUCCGGAGAACCGCGGUCUUGAUGAAUCGUUGAUCCGUGCAAUCCCAGUUUUUCAAUUCAAGAGGGGAGCAGAAGGCGAAGAGAGAAGGUUCUUCGAGUGUGCAGUUUGCUUGAAUGAGUUUCAGGAAGAAGAGAAGCUAAGGUUUCUACCCAAUUGUGCUCACGUCUUCCAUAUCGACUGCAUUGAUAUAUGGCUCCAAAACAAUGCCAAUUGCCCUCUCUGCAGAUCAAGCAUUUCGACAACAGCCAGGUUUCCGCUUGAUCAAAUUAUUGCUCCUACCCCUUCUCCCCAAGAUCCACAUCCAUUUACAGAGAGUCUCGUGGGAGGUAAUGAGGAUUUCGUAGUAAUAGAACUGAGAAGCGAAGAAGGUGCAGAUCAAACAACCCAUGGACAUCAGGAAACAGCAAGUUCAGGAGAACUCUCAGCCCGACAUAUCAGUCCUUCCCCGAGAAAGUUAGAGCAGAGAAUUCUGAACAAGAAACCAAGGAAAUUCCAUCAUGUUUCAAGCAUGGGAGAUGAGUGCAUUAAUGUAAGAGAAAAAGACGAUCAGUUCUCAAUCACACCCAUUAGGAGAUCCUUCUCCAUGGAUUCUUCUGCUGAUCGGCAGCUCUAUCUCUGUGUCCAAGAGAUCAUACAGCAGAACAGAUAUCUCAAUGAGGUAAGUCCAAGUGAAGGUUGUAGUAACAGAGUUCGUCGGUCGUUCUUCUCGUUCGGCCACAGUCGAGGAUCCAGAAGUACAGUUCUUCCUCUCCACUUCGAGCCUUGAAAAGUUAAACAGAGAAAAAUUGCAACUUUUCUUUUCCCUUUUUUUUUUCUUAUUUUCCCCUUCUUCCUUUACAAGUUUUAUUUUUGAGACAUAGAUUUUGGAGAAGCUACGAGGCCUUUUUUUUCUUUUUUGGUAAAUAGAAGUUUCAUUAAACCAAUGUCAUAAAGAGGGCCAGUCUGUAUAGAAAAUUUGGGUAUAAUGGGAUUAGCAGCUUAAAUGCGUAAUAGUUUGAACCAUGGGCAUGAUUAUAAGCAUCAUUGCUUAAACCACUAUGUGUGGAUAAGACCUUUUUCUUUUUAAAUUUCUACUUUUCCAUCAAUGAAAUUCACUGUUCUCUCUC